CGCCCCGCAACCGCGGGAUUCAAACUCCCGGAAGCGGCGUAGUCUCCGGAGUUGUCGCUGGGCAGACGCGAGUUCAGUUUUUCACCUCAGGUGCUGGCAGCCUGCUGGGAGGCGAACUCGGAGGUUGGCGAGGGGAAGCCAGGUGCCUCAGCCCCGAGACAGGGCCGGACCGAGCGGGAGGCGGGAUCACUGAGCAGAUCACGUCCUUUGGGACUCAAUCUCUGCCCGCCUGAUUUAAGCCGGUGUUUCCUGCCACCGGGCUGGGCGCCUCACGACCGUUGUGGUUUCGAUUCCUCCUUUCAGCUUUGCGAUUCAGAGAUGUCCUGCAGAAGUCCCAAAGAUUUAAUUAAAAGUAAAUGGGGAUCAAAGUCUAGUAGCUCCAAGUCAGAAACUGCAUUAGAAAAAAUUAGGGGAAAAACUGCAGCCUUACAAACAUCAGUGGAUGAAAUCACAAGUGGAAGAGGAAAACUGACUGAUCAAGAGAGACACAAGCUUUUGGAGAAAAUUCAAUUCCUUGAAGCUGAGAGGGAGAAGAAUGCUUACCAUCUCACAGAGAAGGACAAAGAGAUACAGCGACUCAAAGACCAGCUGAAAACCAAAUAUAGCACUACUGUGCUGCUGGAACAGCUGGAGGAGAAAACAAAGGAAGGUGAAAGGAAGGAACAACUGUUGAAAUCGUUGUCUGAAGAGACAGAUCUAGUGAAAAAACAGCUGUCUACUACAACUGCAAGACUCGCUGAACUUGAAACCAAAGCAAUUCAUUCAUCACAGACUGAGACUACAAACUGCUUCAACUCAUCAAUGAAUAAUAUUCAUGAGACAGAACUACAGCUGAGAGAUGCUCUAGAGAAAAAUCAGCAAUGGCUUGUUUAUGAUCAGCAGCGAGAGGUCUACGUAAAAGGACUUGUGGCAAAAAUCCAUGAGUUGCAACAGAAAUUGGAAUCGGCUGCUCACUCACUCCCACAGCAGACAAAAAAGAAUGAAUCAGAAGGUUAUCUUCAAGAAGAAAAGCAAAAACAUUACCACUACCUCUUGGCAAGUGCAAAAAAAGAUCUUGAGGUUGAACGUCAAACCAUAACUCAGCUGAAUUUUGAACUUAGUGAAUUUCAAAGAAAAUAUGAAGAAACCCAGAAAGAAAUUCAAGAUUUAAAUAAACUAUUGUGUUCACAAAGAAAGGCAAAUAUACAACACCUGGAAGAUGACAGGCAUAAAACAGAGAAAAUACAAAGGCUCCAGGAUGAGAAUGAUACUGCCAGGAGAAGACUCGAAGCAGAGAAGACGAGGUCUGAAGAGCUCUUAUCUCAGGUCCAGGUUCUUUACACGUCUCUGAUAAAGCAGCAAGAGGAACAAACAAGGAUAGCUCUGUUGGAACAACAGAAGCAGCUUCCUGAAUUUGCCUUCACAGAGCCAUUAGUCACUUUCCAAGGAGAGACUGGAAACAAAGUAAAAGCUGCCUCACCAAAAAACCCCACAAAUGCACUGAAUGAAAGCCUGGUGGAGUGUCCCAAGUGCAGUGCCCAGUAUCCAGCCACUGAACAUCGAGACCUCCUUGUCCAUGUUGAAUACUGUUCAGAAUAGCAACCUAAUUGUUCUUUAUUUUUGCCACAAGAUUCAAUACUGCAUCUUACAUCAGUAAAUGAACAUUUUGAAUUCCUUAUUUUACCUCUUAUAUAAGAAACUGCCUAUCUACUUUGGAGACUCUGGUGCAGAAGUUUAUCACUGUAUUUUUUGGGCUGCUUUGCAUUUUCCUUGACAGGGAAUACCUCGCUGAGAUGGUUCCCAUUCAGGCUUCAGCGUGUGCUGAGACAACUGACAUAUUGCACUGUUAAAGUACUUGAUAGAGGAAAGACAAGUUAUUGUUUGUGGAUUAAAUCUACACACAGGCAAGCAAAUAUUUUGUGUGUUGUGGGUCUUUAAAAAUCAGAGGUAAUUAACCAAGUAUCUUACUGUAUGAGCACUUUUAUCUAAGCACUUGAUAUACGUAAAUAAAUGUAGCUUCAAUUGAGUCUGUUGUUAACAGAUGGCAAUACUUUAAUUUCUUUCCUUAUUAUAGAGAGGUUAUUAGACAAGCUGGGAAUUUUCUUCAUCUUUAUUGCUGCUUACUGUUGAAACUGUAAACCUAGUAAUGUUCUAAGCACAAAGUAGAUUCUGCUGCAGGAAUACUCCCAAGUCGCCACACACACAGUGUUUUCUGUCAUGUUAACUGGUACUUUAAGUUGAAUUUCAGUAGCACAGCAUAUUGGUCAGUUAAAAUUGUUAAAAUCUAGUGCUCCUGUUUUAAUUUGCAGGUAUUUUAUUGACUAUUUACUUACUUUUGGCACUCUUAAAGCUGGGCAAUAUUAUGAGCAGGUACUUGCCUAUCUGAAGAUAUAUUUUUAUACAUGUGUAUGUAAACCAAAAACAUUUUUAUUUCUCCAGGUUUUCUAAAAUGCUUAACAUUAGGCUACUGUUAGUAAUAUAAAGGAAGAAAAAUAAAAUUAUUUAAUAAUUUUU